AUGGAGCCCGGUGGCGGGGGAGGUGGUGGGCCUCCCUCAGUCUCUUCUCCGUUCUCUCCGACUGCAUCCUCGUCGUCGUCCUCUUCGUCCUUCAAGCGCCGUCAUUACUCUUCGUCGGGGGGUUCCUCCUUCAAGCAUCAGCAGACCCAGAUGAAGUUCUCAGGGAAUGAGACUGUGUUUCGCAUCCUCUGCCCCGCGGAGAAGACCGGGGGGGUAAUCGGGAAGGGGGGAUCCAUAGUGCGCCAGUUCCGGGAGGAGACUGGGGCGAGGAUUCGCAUCGAGGACGCGGUCCCUCGUUCUGAAGACCGCGUCAUACUGAUCGUGGCGGAAGGGCAUGUGAAGAAGAGGAGGGAGGCGAGCGGUAGCGGGGGAGGGGACGGGGACGAGGAGGACGCAUCGCCUGCCCAGAGGGCGUUGAUUAGGGUCUUCGAGAGAAUUCUGCGGGUAGAGGAGGAGAAGGUGUGGGAGGGGGAUGGUGCGGCCCCCGGUGAGGAGAAGGAAAUACAGGGUCUGGUAAUGUGCAGGUUGCUGGCGCCGAGUACCCAGGUGGGAUGCGUUCUGGGCAAAGGGGGGAAGAUUGUCGAGAAAAUUAGGCAGGAGAGCGGGGCACAGAUCAGGGUUUUGUCAAUGGAACAGGUGCCUGCAUGUGCUGCACCCGGGGACGAGUUAAUACAUGUAAGUCCCUUGUGAAGUUUUUCGUUAUAUAGCUUGUUCUUUUCUCUUGUUUGGAUAAUUGUAUUCAUAGUUUGUCUCCUUUGCUGCCUCCUGUCUUGCAGCUCACUCAUGAAUGUUGGAAAUCAUGUAUGUUUCAUUCUACUUGUAGUCGCGAUUAUAAAACGUUUGCUACGAUUGCAUUUCUCAGGAAUGGCUGUAUCGAACCAUACUGAUAUGAUAUCUUUUUAAUAAGUUCAAUUCUUUCGUGGAUAUAUUUACACCCUCACAACUAACCCAUUUAUUUAUUUUGUACAAUAUCUUCAUCAGUUUUCUGUAAGGAUGGAUGACAUCGAUGAUUAAAAAAAAAAAAUAGCAAACAUGGUCAAUCCAAUUCGACGCGAUUAUGGCAUGGUUCCGGGCUGAAACCUAGCUUGGGGCAAUGGUACUUUCUCCAAGGUCUCUCGUCUGUCAGAUUGUGAUGGAGGUUGAAACUGAGGCUGUGUCAUUUUUAUGGUAGCCCAUUUGCUGAUAGACAUAGGCAGAAGAUUAAAUUUACAUCGAAAUCAUUAUGGAAAAAAAAUCUAAGACAUCAGUAAAUCUUAUUUUCUUGCCUUUCAGAGAUGCUAAAAGAUAAAAUUUUAUGCAUAAUUAUUCAUAUUAAUUGCUAAUUUUUUCUAUUCUCAUUGCUGCUUCCAGGGUCUUGACAGCUGAAUAAUUUUGUUUGAGACAUUAAGCAUAGUUUCUUUGUUUCCAUUCUUCAGAGUUCCUGUUUCCUUAUGUAAAACUACUUCCACAUGAGGCAGAAAAGGGCCCAAUUUUUAUUUGUAUACAGCAAUUCCGCUUCCUACUGAAAGUCCUCUGAAAAAAUACUUUCUUUGAUGACAGAUAAGUGGGAGCUUCUUGUCUGUGAAGAAGGCGCUUUUAGCUGUUUCGGGUUGCCUCCAGGAUAAUCCUAAGACAGAUGCUUCCAAUUAUAUGACCGGUAAACCUCUGGGAAGUGGUUCUAAUACUGCCCACAUGGAGAGGUAUUCCCACAGGGGUUACAGUAGUGGCCAUCAUCCAUCUGAUUAUCAUGCGAGAGGAUAUUCUUCGCACAUGGGUGUUGAUGUUCUUGCCUCAGGUCAAAGAAAGUUUAUAGAAGAAGAUCUUCUGUUCAGAAUGCUAUGCACAAAUGACAAGGUUGGUGGCAUUAUUGGGAAAGGGGGUGCUAUAGUCCGUGCCUUGCAAAGUGAUACUGGUGCAUCAAUUAAGAUAGUAGAUGCGAUUCCUGAUUCAGAAGAAAGAGUUAUUGCUAUAUCUGCACGCGAGGUGAAUAAAUUAUCUUAAUACUUCCAGUACUGCAGUUUUUUUCCUGAACUAGUCAAAAUGCUUCACAUAUUCCCAUCUGUUCAUCUCCUCAGUUUGGACUAUCUCAUAUGUCAUGAUGCAGGCAGAUUCAUGUAUAGUUAUUGUACGUAUUAAUGCUAAAUGUGGGUGCGGUAUUUUUUUUUAUUUCUCAGAGUUCUGAAUUUCAACAUUCGCCUGCCCAAGAGGCUGUGCUCCGUGUAUAUUCUAGACUUACUGAAGCAGGAGUUGACAAAGGUUCUGCUGUUUCAGCAAGGCUUCUUGUUCCUUCUCAGCAGAUAGGCUGUUUAUUGGGUAAAGGUGGUAACAUUAUUUCGGAGAUGAGAAGAGCAACUGGGGCCAACAUUCGGAUCUUUUUAAAGGAGCAUGCUCCAAAGUGUGCUCAGCCAAAUGAUGAAGUUGUCCAGGUUUUUUUUUUUUUUUUUUUUUCAUUAUCUGUUUUGCAUACAGUUUUUCAUCAUCAUCGGUAUCCCACUUAUGCUUUUGAAAUUGGCUUAUCUUCCAAGUGCUCUUGGCCUCCUGAUGUCACCUGAUUAUUCUUCGUGGAGAGGAAAUCCUGUAUCUUAGUUCAUAUAUGUUUAAAAGAUUCAUUAUUUAUAUGCUGUUAGAGAUAGUGAGCACUUUGAACCUUGUUCUUCCUGUCCUGCGACAUACUGUUUUGAGUAUACUUUAUGGUAAUCUCUAUAGGAUUUUGAAGUUGAUCUACUGUGUAGGAUAAUUUUAAUGGCGUCUGAUGUGUAACAGCCUGUUCUUCCACUAGAGCCGUACAAGAAUCAUUGUGCCUUAUCUUGUUCACUAUUUCUUAGCUUCUUAUGUAUUUUCUUUGAUGAUAACAAUUUUUUUUUUUUAAUUCUAGGAAGAUUGAUAAUUAUUGGGUAAAUUGGAACCUGCGUGGGAUUAAAUUUAAGGUUUACCAAAGCAAAUGCAAGUUCAAGCUCUAAAAGCUGAAAAAUAUAUAAUAUGGAUUAAUCUGCAAUCAUCUCCAUGAUACCUUGGAAAUCCGAUGGAAGUGGUUGAGCGCUCAAGUAGAUAUCUUAGAGAUUCGAUGAAGCACUUAAUGGGAAAUCUGUAGCUUUCUUUUGAUUAAUAUUCUUGCGUUUAUUUUUGUGUUAUUUAUCUUUUUCUGCCGUCAGCAAUAUGCAGUCUGAUUUUACCCGCACUAUUUUAUUAUUUUCAUUUUUUUUAGGCAUAAUUUGAGCUACCCGUUGGUCAACUUCUGCAGAUUACUGGCAGCUUCCAGUCUGUUUAUGAUGCUUUGCUUCAUAUCACGAGCAGGAUACGGGAGUUGACCUUCCCGCUUAAAUCUCCCAGCAUUGGGUCAAACCAGUACAUGUCCGGCAGCCACGACGCCCCUCCUACUUUGUCUAGGUCAAGAAGCGAGCUGGCGUCCCCCGGCGGCUACUCUUCGAGUGGGCUCGCUCAUGGUCUCGAUCGCUACAGCGGCCAUGUCCAGACCCCCGGCUGGCAGUCUCCUCGUUCUUCUGCCGAUCGAGUACCUUACUUUCAUGGCAAUGAGCUGUCCUGCUUCGAUCGCUCAUCUUCUCCAAGACCAUGGGCGCAGGUAUGCAUGCAGAUGGAUAAAAUUAAAAAAAAAAACUCUUUUUAAGGCAAAAAUCGUGUGGGUGUUACACGAAAAUCUGUGAGAAUGAUCACCUCUGCCUAUAAUCUGAUGGGUUUGGGCCAUCAAGACCUUCGGAUGAAAAAAAAAUGGCGAAGAACAUAAAUAGAAAAACUCUUUUGGUGGGCAGAAUUAGUGCAUUAUAAUAUGUGUGGAUGAUUAUUCUCGCCUAUUGUUUGAUGGGUUCGGACCCAUUAAUCCGUUUCUGAGUGUUCUCUGAGAACCCCUCCUUUUCUUUUCUUUUGUUUUCUCUCUCUAGAUGGUCAACAGUGGGAACCACAGAGACAUCGCUGAUGCCGGAGCCAGCAUGAUGUUCAGAAAUCCCGGGGCAGGAAGGUAAACGCCUGUUCAUCAGCUUAUGAACAGCCCCCCCUCCCCCCUUCCUCUUUCCUCUCAAGGUCUCUCUGAUCUGGUGGCAGAAAUAUUUCUCUCAGCGGAGGUCAGCCCGCCGUCGCUGCGAGUGCCACUGUUGAAGUCGCAGUGCCACAGCAGUUUCUGGGGUUUGUUUAUGGAGAUAACUCCAGCAAUCUUACCAAAAUCAGGGAGGUCAGUUGACUUCAUCAAGAUUCUUGUUCUAGAUUCGGAGUUAUUUGGUCUUCACCUCCCUGUAGAUUAAUUAGCACCAUGGAAAUUCGUUGACUUUUUUGAGGAAACCCACAAUUUUCAAGUUGGGUAAGAUUAUUAGCGAUGUUGGUUUAUCCUUUGUACACCUGGGAGUUGACCAUCGUGGGAAACUGUAACAAUGUAACCCGUAACUUAUGUUUAUUUCUACAAAAGUCAACGUUGAAGGUUCGAUCGCUUCAACCCUACUCUCUGUUUUUCAGAUCUCUGGAGCGAAGGUCACGGUCUGCGAUCCCAAGCCAGGAGCAGGAGAGGGAACGGCCUCCAUAACCGGGGCUCCGGACCAGGUCCACAUUGCCCAGAGCCUUCUCCAUGGGUUCAUCCUCUCCGGCCGGGCAGCCGGUUGA